UGUUACCUUUUUCUUUCUUUCUUUCUUUCUUUCUUUCUUUUCUUUUGCAGCUACUCAUAAUGUUAUCAAAAUACCCCGGAACGUAUUCCGGUCCACUUAGUCGGCGUCACGUGCAAUGAUUAAAUCGCAACAAUUCACAUCAAUUUUUUGCUGCCAUUUGCAGUAUAACUAAUAGAUAAUAAAUGAAAUUAUUCAAAUUUUUCAAAAACUUUUAUAUGUUUUCUUUUAUAAUUAUCGCUCUAUAGUAAGUAAUACUCAAUAAAUUCUCACUAUGCCAAUCCCAGUUCCUCACGGUGGAAUCUUAAAUGAUUUAGUUAUUAGAGAUAGUUCUAAAAGAUCAGAUUUAUUAGAAGAAUCUCAAUCUUUAGUAUCAUUAACUUUAAGUCCCAGACAAUUAUGUGAUUUAGAAUUAAUUUUAAAUGGAGGAUUUUCUCCAUUAGAUGGAUUUCUUAAUGAAGAUGAUUAUAAUUCAGUUGUCCACGACUUAAGACUUUCAACUAAAAUAAAUCCAACUACUUCAAAGGGUUAUUUAUGGUCAAUUCCAAUUACUUUAGAUGUAAAUGAAUCAACUGCAACUUCUUUAUCACUUGGUCAACGUAUUGUAUUAAAGGAUUUACGUGAUGAAACUUCACUUGCUAUUUUAACUAUUGAAUCUAUUUAUAAACCAAAUAAACAAGUUGAAGCAGAAAAGGUAUUCCGAGGUGAUCCAGAACAUCCAGCCGUAAAAUAUUUAUUUGAAUCUGCUGGUGAUUAUUAUAUUGGAGGAUCUAUUGAAGGAAUUAAUUAUCCAAAACAUUAUGAUUAUGUUGAAAGUAGAAAAACUCCAACUGAAUUAAGAAAAGAAUUUACUAAUUUAGGUUGGAAUGAUCAAAAUAUUGUUGCUUUCCAAACCAGAAAUCCAAUGCAUAGAGCUCAUAGAGAAUUAACUAUUAGAGCUGCCAAGGAUAUUGGACCAACUGCUCAUAUUUUAAUUCAUCCAGUUGUUGGAUUAACUAAACCAGGAGAUAUUGAUCAUCAUACAAGAGUUAAAGUUUAUAAAACUAUUUUACAAAAAUUCCCUGAUGGAUUAGCUACAUUAUCAUUAUUACCAUUAGCUAUGAGAAUGGGAGGUGAUAGAGAAGCACUUUGGCAUGCAUUAAUCAGAACCAAUUAUGGUGUAGAUCAUUUCAUUGUUGGUAGAGAUCAUGCUGGACCUGGUAAAAAUUCUCAAGGAGUUGAUUUUUAUGGACCAUAUGAUGCACAAGAUUUAUUAAAACAAUAUGAAGAUGAAUUAACUAUUAAAAUCGUACCAUUUAGAAUGGUUACUUAUUUACCUGAAGAAGAUAGAUAUGCACCAAUUGAUACAAUUGAUACUACCAAAGUUAAAACUGCCAAUAUUUCAGGUACUGAAUUAAGAAAUAGAUUAAGAACUGGAGAAUCUAUUCCUGAAUGGUUUUCAUAUCCUGAAGUAGUUAGAAUAUUAAGAGAAACUAAUCCUCCAAGAGCUAAACAAGGAUUUGUUAUUGUUAUUGAUAAUCAAGAAAAAAUUGGUGAUUAUUUAUCUUAUGCUUUACAAUCUACUUUAAAUCAAUUUGGUGGAGAACGUAGAAUUACUAAAUUAAGUGAUGAAGCACAUCUUGAUUCUUUCUUAAUUAAUGAAUUAGUUAAAGCUGGCUCUGGUGUUAUAGUUACCACCAAUUCUUCUAUUAAAUCCAUUAUCAAUGAAGUAGGUAAUGGUAAUUCUAUUCUUGUUAAAUCUGGACCUCAUGAAUCUCAUGUUAUUAAUGGAUUUGCUAAUGAAGAUAAUGUAUUUUCCAUUAAUAAUGUUAAUGAUUUAUCUAUAGUUAUUUCAGAAAUCACUGACUACUUAAAACAACAAGGUUUCUACUAGAUAUUAUAUAAUUCUUUAGUUCGUUUCAGUUAAUUACAUGAUAUAUUUAUUAUUUAUUUAU